UGUGAAGUUUUGUAUGGUUUUUUUUUAUUGUAAAUAUUUAUUUUUAAAUAAUCUAUUUUUUUUUAUAAGCUAUUUUUAUUUAUUUUUUUUUUUUUUUAAAUGAGGAGGGUAACUCUUUUCGUGAACGGGACUUCCAGAAGUGGCAAGGUGGUUGCAGUCUAUGGGACCCUGGCAGACUUGCUGUCCGUUGCCAGCAGCAAACUGGGAAUCCGUGCCUCCGCCCUGUACAACGGGAAAGGGGGUCUCAUCGAUGACAUCGCCCUCAUCAGAGAUGAUGACGUGCUGUAUGUUUCUGAAGGAGACUCUUUCAUAGACCCCCAGGUGGAUGGGAGGAUUGCUGAUGUGACGUCUGGUGCAAACACAGACUGGCUGACUCUAAACAUUGGGGGCCGGUGCUUCACGACCACGAGGACCACCUUGGUGAGCAAGGAGCCAGACAGCAUGCUAGCGCACAUGUUCCAAGACAGAGGUGGGUCACUCAUCACCUCUGCACUGUCACAGACCAGGCAGCAGCCAUCAAAGGGAUACUCCUCCUGUUCUCACCUCCCGUGCUUCCUCUCUCCCUCAGAGCUGUGGGGGAACAAGCAAGACCCCCGAGGAGCUUACCUGAUUGACCGCAGCCCUGAAUACUUUGAGCCCAUCCUCAACUACCUGAGACAUGGGCAGCUGAUCGUCAACGAGGGCAUCAACCUGCUGGGGGUUUUGGAAGAGGCUCGGUUCUUUGGGAUAGAACAGUUGGCGGAACAGCUGGAGGUUUCGAUCAAGAAUUCCCAGCCGCCGGAAGACCACUCCCCCAUCUCGCGGAAGGAGUUUGUGCGCUUCCUGCUCGCCACUCCCACCAAGUCUGAGCUGCGCUGCCAGGGUUUGAAUUUCAGCGGUGCAGACCUGUCUCGGCUCGACCUGCGCUAUAUAAAUUUCAAGAUGGCCAACCUGAGCCGCUGCAACCUGACCCAUGCCAACCUGUGCUGCGCCAACCUGGAGAGAGCGGACCUGUCCGGAGCAAACCUGGAGGGUGCUAACCUGCAAGGGGUGAAGAUGCUGUGCUCCAAUGCAGAGGGCGCCUCUCUCCGGGGCUGCAACUUCGAGGACCCCUCGGGGCUCAAGGCCAACCUGGAAGGCGCCAAUCUGAAGAAUGUGGACAUGGAGGGCAGCCAGAUGACUGGAAUCAACCUGCGAGUGGCCACUCUGAAGAACGCCAAGCUGAAGAACUGCAAUCUGCGGGGCGCCACGCUGGCAGGGACCGACCUGGAGAACUGCGACCUAUCUGGCUGUGACCUGCAGGAGGCAAACCUGAGAGGCUCCAACGUGAAGGGGGCCAUCUUCGAGGAGAUGCUGACGCCGCUGCACAUGUCUCAGAGCGUCAGAUAACCACAAACAGACAGAGCCACUCCUUCCCCGCCCUCCCCAGCUGCUUCUUUCCCUGACACUGGGACCAGACUCCCAGACACCAGGCUCUGAUCGCCAGCUUCUCUCAGGGCUGCUUCCCCCUGCGCCUUCAAGAUCAAUCUUUUUGUUAUGAGAAACCAAGUCAUGUAGACAGGUUUUGGCAUCAUUGCUCAACGCCAGUGAUGAUGAGGAUGAUGCAAGCAUUGUUAUGUAUUUUACAAUGUCUUAUUGGGGUUAUUGAAGACAGCUACGGCAUUGCAGGUUUGUUCUGUUCGGGUGAGUUGCAAAUCCGAUCCCGGUCUAAUCCAGCGCUGUUGCUCUUUGUGUUUUCUGAGACGGGACGUAGUAGUUUGCUCCCAUUUUUGGGUAUUGUACCCUUCCGAACCCCCAUAGCACACCUCAGUGGGAGUGAACACGCUACCCUCACUCCCUCCAAAGUAACUAGGGGCGGUUGGGCUUGUCCUUAAUGAAGAAGCCGUUUUUCUUGCAUGUUGCGAGUCGUGCAGCUGAAAGACCUACAGGGUAUGUGGCGUGGUCCUUACAGUCCGAUGUGCUACGGCAUUAUACAGAGGGAGCGCUGAGAGCGCCAUCUAACGAAGGCAAUCGUAGCAGAAUUUAAAGAUGUUGCAGGUUUUUAAAAACCCUUCAGACCCUUGUGAUUUUGUUUUAGCUCGGUUUUCAUUUCUAAUACUCUUUGAAAAGACGAGAGUAAAGAGCCGGCCUCUUCUCCGCGUUGCUGUGCAGCUCUUGUGCUCCGUGCCACUGCUUUGUCUGCACCAGUGAAACAGCAGGAAGGUAGAGUUAGUGUUCCAGCAGUCUCUCACCCCCUCUACAACUGACAAACAUCACAGAGAAUUUGUGGCUUUGCAUUCCCCUCAGCUUAAUAGAUUAGAUAGACCAAGGGUGGAGAUAGACCUGAGUAAAUCAGCAAGUGUGAAGCAAGUAUGGCAUUGUAAUUCAGUGGCGUUCUAACUGGAAAGUGACACUCCCCAAUGCGGAGGGGAAAGGCGGUCGUGUAGUGCUGUGCUUUCAGAGGCUUUUCACAGUGAAGAGUAUUAGAAGUGAUGGGAAGCUAAUGCAGGCUCGAGCCACAGCUUUUCAGACUGUAGUGAGGCCCGCUCCUUCGAUAGCAGGCAAGGGGCAGUAACGUUGUCUUCCAGAGCGAGGCAGCGUGGAGUCGGUCUCCCGCGAUUUGCAGGGCGAAGGCUGUUUAUCGUGAUAGGAUAUCAGACUGUAUUCCUGUACUCUGCAGUGGAAGCUGGGGUUCUGCCUGCACGCGGUUGUCUUUUACACAGCCUUGAAACUGUGGCACUUAAAAAAUAAUAAUAAUAAUAAUAAUAAUAAUCAGCUGUGGAUUUGCACUUCGGUUCCCAGAAUUGUAUUCCCUCCAACAGACUCUUAUAAACCAAGUGUACCAAUCCCUCAAGUUUGUGUGUC